AUGGACGACUUAACUCCCUUGGAUGCUGUGCCACCAGGACCUGAAGCCUUUCACGGACAAGUUGACUCGGGUAACGUUCAAAGCUCAAAUCUGACCCUCAGCGCACACGGCAAGUUCUGGUUGCUCCUCAAGACACUCGAUUAUUGUCCGCGCCAGUGUCGAUGGGACAGCAAACAUCCCACACCGCUCAGCUGGGGCUUACGUCUCCUUUUUGCCUUUUCAGGAGCGUUCACCGUUGGAAAGUUAUACUACAACCAUCCAAUCCUUAAUAUUUUGGCUGAAGACUUCGAUAUUGGCCUAGAGAAAGCUAGUCAAAUCCCUACACUGAUGCAGGCUGGCUAUGCCACGGCUUGUUACUCUGCCCCGUGA